AUGCUUUGCCAUAAUUUACCUGGCGCAAAUAGACACCUGGCGGAGAAAUCCUAUUUGAAAGCUCAAGCGGACCAUAAGCGAAAUAUCAAAAAUGUGCGUAGUGUGUUGGAUCAAUCACCACCUGCAUCUCGUCCACAUUGUUCACAACGCAUUCGACAAAAACAAAUAAAAGAGCAAGAAUCAGCUCGAAUCAAACACGAAAAUGAACGUCUCUUAACGAAAAUUGUCAAAAAUGGAGCGUUCGUUGAUUGUCAUAAUCAUUAUGUUCCACUUAAUUUAAAUAAACAACAUCGUAAACAUCAACAACUUCAAUACGAGAGUGACUUUCAACGACUUCAACAACGUGUGAAUCAAGUUCAGGCAACGUAUUCCGCACGAGAAUAUGCCAAAGAUUAUGCAAAGACUCAAAUGAUUCAAAAACGCUUAAGUCGAUAUCCACCCACUAAGAAAUGA